AACAAACUCUGGUGCUGGAGUCUUGAUCCGGUGCGCAAUCUCGCAUGACAAUAAUGUGGACCUUCGUUAUAAUCCAGGCCUGAUUUUGUAAAGGUCCAAUUUUGUGUCUUUUUUUCACUGCUGGGUAGUAGAGAAGGGGAAACCUAAACCCACCAGAGUCUCAGAGACAUCGGAAUAGUUGAACAGCACUGGCGCACUCUCUCCUAAUGUUAAAGGCUUCUCCUUUGCUCUCGUGGGUUCCUAUUCCCUCCUUCAGUGUCUGUAUGAGAAAAAUGUCAACAGCCCCAUCACCAAUUUGCCCAAAAUUCGUUUCUGUUGAAGGUGGCGAUAUCUACUCGAGAAAUAAAUCUGAUGGCAUAAGAUUCCGUUUUGUGUCUUACAACAUUUUGGCUCAGGCUUACGUGAAGAGUUCAUUUUUUCCACAUUCUCCAUCACCUUGCCUCAAAUGGAAGGCUCGUUCGCGAACAAUUUUAUCUAUUCUUAGAGACUUGAAGGCUGAUUUCCUUUGUCUGCAGGAAGUAGAUGAGUAUGAUGCCUUUUACAAAGGAAAUAUGGAAGCACAUGGGUACUCUAGUAUAUAUAUCAAGAGAAGUGGGUCAAAGCGUGAUGGUUGUGGAAUCUUUUAUAAGCAGAACUGUGCAGAGCUGCUGGUGGAGGAGAUCAUAGAGUACAAUGACCUGGCCGAUUCUAUUGAAAAUGAAGUCACUGUAGAUGGCGAUAAAAACAGUGAUAAAGUGGCUACUGGAAAUAGAGGGGCUGAAUUGAAGAAAGAUUCAGCCAAUAAAAGUACUCCAAAGGAUUGUGGGGAUAUAAACGAUCCUUGUGUAAGAUUAACACGCGAUUGUGUUGGAAUUAUGGCUGCAUUCAAAUUGAACAAUCCUUUCCCCCACAUCGUGGUUGUGGCAAAUACUCAUCUAUACUGGGAUCCUGAAUUAGCUGAUGUUAAGCUAGCUCAAGCUAAAUAUCUCCUGUCACGCUUAUCUCAGUUUAAAACAACGAUAUCUGACAGAUACGAAUGCAUGCCUUCAGUAAUUGUAGCUGGUGAUUUCAAUUCAGUACCAAGGGAUAAGGUUUACCAGUACCUUACUUCAGGCGGCAACCCUUCAGCACCACCGGUGGAAUGCCUAGGAGAAGUUCCGAUUCCUUUAUGCAGUGUUUAUGCACAUACCAGAGGAGAACCUGCAUUUACAAACUGCACUCCAGACUUCACGGAUACGCUUGAUUAUAUUUUCUUCUCACCUUCUGACAACAUAAAGCCUGUUGGUAUUCUUGAACUUCCGGAUUCGGAGUCACCAGGUAUCGUCGGUGGACUUCCCAAUAAUUUCUACCCCAGCGAUCACCUGCCGGUUGGAGCUGAAUUUGAGAUCACCAGAGAAUAAUGUGUAUGUAUGGUGUUUCAUUGAUUACAAUUUACAAAGUUCGGUUACUUGCAGUUCAAAUCAUUCAAAAAAUUUAAAGGUAAUAAAAUUUGGCUGAGAAAUUUUGGAAGACUGUUCUUAGCCAACUUGAUAAGAUGUUACAGUAACUCUCAAAAUUCUUUAUGUUAAAUUUCUUUCUUGUCGCAUUACCGGCGGAUUUUGUGAACAAUCCCUUGUAAUCUGUUUUUACAUAGAAUGUUUCUAAAAAUGUUGGAACAGAUUUCUCUGAGCAGAAUGUUUUGAAUACCUUGGGAAUGUCGAAAGUUUUAGGGUUUUGAUC